UGGCCCAAACACUUGGGACGCCGGCGGCGGCAUCUGCAUCGGCAUCGGCACGUGUCUCGUGACUCUCGUCUCAUCGUCGCAAGAGCCAAGACGAACCAACCCAACCUGAAACGGCGGUGCGGAGCGGCCAAAACCCACCGAAAACCCACCGAGCCCAACCUCGCCGCCGUCCACCGCUUCUCUCUCUGCACGCGCGGCGCCACCAUUUAAACCUCGCCGCCAAGCCGCCGCUUUUCUCCUCCCACCCAGAUAAUGCUUUCCCCCGCUUCCACAGUCCCACCCACCUCGCCCCUCCCCAACCCCGCCUCUGCAAACCCUAGCCCCCGCCUGCUCCGACCCCGCUUCCUCCCGUACACGGCCUCGUCCGCGCCGCCGGUUCGGGCGUGCGGGACAGCGUGCCGUUGGAUGGGCUCCGUUCGAGCCAAGGCCUCCGAGGCGGGCGGCUGGAAGGUGCCGGCGGCGGGUAAAUGUGGGGUGGAGAUGGAGCGGCUGGUGGAGGUGGCGCAGAGCGCCGCGGACGCCGCGGGGGAGGUGCUCAGGAAGUACUUCCGGCAGCGCGUAGAGAUCAUCGACAAGGAGGACCACAGUCCCGUCACGAUUGCGGAUAGAGAGGCAGAAGAAGCAAUGACGUCAGUCAUACUGAAGAGCUUCCCUACCCAUGCUGUUUUCGGCGAGGAGAAUGGUUGGAGAUGUGUGGAGAAGUCUGCUGAUUAUGUUUGGGUUUUGGAUCCUAUAGAUGGAACAAAAAGCUUCAUAACUGGCAAGCCUCUGUUUGGUACGCUUAUUGCACUUCUGCACAAUGGGAAGCCGGUUAUGGGCAUUAUUGAUCAGCCAGUCUUGAGAGAGAGAUGGAUCGGGGUGGAUGGGAAGAAAACAACCUUAAAUGGACAAGAAAUAUCUGUUCGUCCUUGCAAUGCAUUGGCGCAAGCUUACUUGUAUGCGCAUUAUGUUUUAUGUGCAUGUGCCAGGUAUACAACGAGUCCACAUCUAUUUGAAGGAGAUACUGAAGAUGCAUUUAUUCGUGUACGAGAUAAGGUGAAAGUCCCAUUGUAUGGCUGUGAUUGCUAUGCUUAUGCUCUCCUGUCUUCUGGUUUUGUCGAUCUUGUUGUUGAAUCCGGGUUGAAGCCAUACGAUUUCCUCUCAUUGGUACCAGUGAUUGAAGGAGCUGGAGGGUCAAUAACUGACUGGAAAGGGGACAAACUCCAUUGGCCUGUCUCUUCUGAAUCUCGGCCUACAAGUUUCAACGUCGUGGCGGCUGGAGAUGCCCACGUCCAUAGGCAGGCCCUGGAUGCGCUGCGGUGGCGGUAAUUUGCAGCACUGCACAGGAUGACUCAUGCUUCCCAUUUAGAAAAUCACAACUGUUAUUCAUGUGUCUAAUAAACAAGUUUGUGUACAUUGUCCUCUUGACAUGCUAAUAAGUCGUGUCAUGCACUGUGAUCAGCCAUGAUGUGCUCCAGAAGAUGAAUCCCAUGAGUGGAUAUAAGCGUUCCUGUGGUUGUGUUGCUUGGCACAAGUGUUUGAUGGAUUGCGGACGGAUGUGCAGUAUCCAAGAGCUGGCUGUUUUAAGGCCUUGCUUGGUUCUGUUUAGUUCGGCCUGUGGUUUAUCCAAGAGCUGCUGUGGAGCCACAUUCUUUUGGCAAAUUGUCUGUUCUAAGGUCAGCUGCACUAAUGAUGCAACUUCAGCUGGUUUGGUAGUAUUGUUUCUUUAUCCGGCUCUGUCUUAUCGAUCUAUGGCUGGAGGUGUGAACAACCCGUAAAGCAGCUGACAAUUUGUCCGUCUUUUGCAUAAUACUCUGUAGUUAUACUCUAAUUUCGAUGCUAAAGCAAGGUUAUUAUAGUUGUA